AUGCCAGCCCCAGAGCCAACCGACAUCACAGCAACCUCCCGUCUCGAAGCCAUCAGAUCGUCCCUCACCACCACAGCUACACCCACGACCGCCACCGCCAUGUCUCCCACGCCAUCCUCCCCAAUAACCUGCCACGUCCUCAACACUCUCUCCGGCACACCUGCGUCGUCAUUGCCUGCAACCCUCUCCCUCCUCACCCCACCCGCGACCACCGCCUCCCCACAGCCUGUCGUCUCCUUUUACGCCACCACUGACGCCGACGGCCGUGUGAAGGAGUGGUCACCCUCCUCUGCUACUGCGGGCCAUCAGUCCGUUCACGAGCUGCUCGAAGACUACAAGCAGGGCGAGAAGGUCCCAUUCAGUAUCAAGUUCGCAGUGGGGCAGUGGUACGAGGAUCAAGGCGUGGAGAGCUUCUGGCCGGAGGUGGAAGUCAAGUUCUAUGUGAAGAAGGGUGAGAGGCAUUAUCAUGUGCCUGUCCUGCUGGGUCCGUGGAAUUUCAGUUCUUACCGCGGUUCAUGA